GUCCUUCCUUCCUUCCCCGACAGAGCAACGCGGCCCCAAUCCAAACCCCCCGGACCAGCAGAGCAAGAGAGAGGGAGAGAGAGAGAUCUCCAUCCCCGAUGGCGUCCCGGAGCUGCACCUUCGUCGAGAUCCUGCUCGCCGUCAUCCUGCCGCCGCUCGGCGUCUUCCUCCGCUACGGCUGCUGCAGCAUGGAGUUCUUGAUCUGUCUGCUGCUCACCAUCCUGGGCUACAUCCCCGGCAUCAUCUACGCCAUCUACGUGCUCGUCGCGCAUGGCUCGGCCUCGGAGGAGAGCGGCAAGGACUACGACGCCCUUGCUUGAUGUCCUGUAGCAACUCAUGCCGUGCGAAUCAACAUCGUGUGUGUGUGUGUGUGUGUGUGUGUGUGUGUGUGUGUGUGUGUGUGUGUGUGUGUCCAUCUGCACUGUGUGGCGUGCCUUCCUGUGAUUCUCAUACAACCGAAUAAAUUUCAGCUCUGAAGAUUUUUUCCACUGGUUUACGCCAGUCGGUGAGCAGGUUUGUGUAACAAACAGGAGUUACGAU